AUGUCUGACUCUGAGACUCAAAGCAUUGGGCGCAGCCAUUUUCCUGGUCUUGCUGGUUUGUUAGCACUGCCAAUGCCUUCUUUCAACUUUUGGUAUUCAACGACCUUUUGGUUGUACCUUUUUGUAGGCCUUUGGGUUCAUCGCUAUCUCCGUCUUCUAGUUCAUUGCGUUAGCCAUUGGACAUAUAAGUCGAAGCCCAUCCCCAGCAAACCGACAUUCACGAGUAAGGAUGUGACUGUGGUUAUCCCAACCAUUCACAAUGCUUUCGAGGAGCUGCGCCCUUCUAUUGAGAGCAUUCUUGCUUGCGAGCCUGCCGAGUUGAUUCUGGUCACAACGCAUGAUAAGCGAAAAGACCUCCAGCGCCUGGCAGACUCCCUGGUUUUCCCCAAAGUCCGUGUUCUGGAUACUCCUAUUGCCAACAAGCGCCUGCAGGUGUGUGAGGCGCUCCCCAAGGUCGAGACUCCCAUCACUAUCAUGGCGGACGAUGAUGUGACCUGGCCCUCGACUCUUAUGCCCUGGAUCCUCGCUCCAUUUGAAGACCCUCAAAUCGGCGGUGUAGGAACUUGUCAACGAGUUCGACGGGAGCAUGAUGGCUCUUGGUCAACCAAGGCCUGGAACUGGCUGGGUGCAGCUUACAUUGAGCGUCGAAAUUUUGAGAUAUCAGCCACCCACAACAUCGAUGGCGGCACCUCAUGCAUGUCUGGUCGUACCGGCGCCUACCGCUCUGAAAUCCUCUCUAGUCAUGACUUUCUCCACGGCUUCAAGAACGAGAAAUGGAGAAAGUGGAUUUUGAAUGCUGACGACGACAACUUUGUGACUCGUUGGCUGGUAAGCCACCAAUGGAAGACAUGGAUCCAGUACGACAAGGAGUGUGAGAUCGAGACAACUUUGGAGAACAGCACCAAAUUUCUGUACCAAUGUUCUCGUUGGGCCCGAAGCAACUGGCGAAGCAACUGGACCAGCAUGGUAACUGAACGCUAUAUUUGGAAGCAACAAUUGUGGUGCACAUAUGCUCUUCACUUCGCGACUUUUACUUCGCUGGCCUUUGUCGUUGAUCCGCUUCUCCUAGCUUCAUGCUGGUGGGGAACUGCGGACUGGGAUGUCCAGAAUCGCCGAUACGCGUUCUGGGCUCAGUUUAUCUUCAUGUUUGCGUUCACGAAGGUAGUCAAGCUGAUGGGUCUGUUUAUUCGAAACCCAAGCGAUAUCAUGUUCCUGCCCGUUUCCGUCAUAUUUGGAUAUUUCCACGGAUUGGUCAAGCUGUACGCCCUGAUCACUUUGAAUAUGACCUCAUGGGGUAGCCGAGCUGACGGAGAUGCAAACGAUGAGCAGCGACUUGCUCCCGCCCCUCAGCCUUCAAUCGUUUUGAAGACACCUCCUGGUAAGGGAUCUCUAAUUCGAUAUAACGCUCGUCAAAAGGGACGGCAACCUCAGGCACAGCAAGUCGCAUGGGAAAAGAGCGACUAUGCAGCCUAUGAUUCAAGCACCUCGUAUGUGCCCAUACGAGUGCAUACACCAAUGGCAAUGACGCCAAACACCACCAAGCUGCACACGAACGAAACUUCGAUCAAUUCACAGUGUUGGGUAAUCUGA